GAUCUUUUUUUUGAAAAUUAAUAUAAACCACACCUGCACUUAUUGAAAACAACAACAACAACAACAAAAAAUGGUUACGUCAUUAUAAACAUCAUUUACAGUAACAUCUUUUUUUUCAUAAUAAUAGCACUGACUUUGAUAUUUGAAUAUUUAAAAACUUUGAAAAUGAAACACACAUACACACACGCAAAACAUAUUUAUUACAACAGAUCUAUAUGUAUAGGUGGUUUUUAGGGUUACCAGACCCAGGAGGACAUGUUUUCAUUUCAGAAACUAUUUCUCACCAAACAUGCAAAAACCAGAAAAAAAAUUUAACCAAUGUAAAACUGUAUUAUUAAGCAAGUUUUCCAAUAAAACAAAAAACAAAAAAUUUCUUUUGUCCUCCUCUAACCCUAAGUUGGUUCAUUCAUCAACUACUAAAGAUGAAAUUUAAAUUAAAAAUUUUUUUUUAAUGUCAGAAUAAUUUAAGAUUGAUAUAAGAUCCAUUUAUAUAUAUGGAUAUAUAAUGUGGUAAACCACAAAUUUUUGAAUCAUCAUUUCAAGACACGCAUUCGCAGUCGAUGUUUGCUCUAUAUAUAUAUGUGACGAUGUGAUAUGAUUAUAUAUGCCAACCAUCAACGGUGGAUAUGUCGUUGUCGUUGUUUGUGUUGCUCAUUCACUUGGAAAAAACGAUCAAACCACGCGGUCCAUAAACAAACGCUCAUAAGCGCGUUUUUUUUUUGGUUUUGUUUUUAAUUUCAUCUUCGAUUGAUUGAUUGAUUGAUUCAUAUAAUGUCGGCUACAAAUGAAUAUAAUAAAUAUUCUGAUGCCACUAGAGUGAAAGAUGUUCCCGAUAUUCUACCAAGACGGUCAUUUUCUCCCAUUUUGUUUACAUCAACAUCAUCAUCAACAGCCGAUAAUGAAUUUGAUAAUUUAUUCGUUCAACAACAACAACAACAACAAAUGAAAAAAACAAAUAAAUCAAAAAAUAAUCGAUCAAUAUUUAAAAGUGUUAAAGCAGAUCGUAUUCUACGUACAGCCAAACGUACAAUCUAUACAGCUGGUCGUCCACCAUGGUAUGAUACACAAGGCCAAUCAAAAGAAUCAUUCUUAAUUGGAAUCUGUGGUGGUAGUGCAUCCGGUAAAACUACUGUCGCUAAACGUAUUAUUGAAGCAUUAGAUGUACCAUGGGUUACAUUAUUAAGUAUGGAUUCAUUCUAUAAAGUAUUGAAUGAUGAACAACAAGAAUUGGCUAGAAAAAAUGAAUACAAUUUUGAUCAUCCAGAUGCAUUUGAUUUUGAUUUAUUAAUUGAAACAUUACGUAAACUUAAAGAUGGUAAACGUGUUGAUGUACCGAUCUAUAAUUUUGUUACACAUCGUCGUGAAAAAAUUACGAAAACAAUGUAUGGUGCCAGUGUUAUCAUCUGUGAAGGAAUAAUGAUUUUUGCCAAAAAAGAACUAGUCGAUAUGAUGGAAAUGAAAGUGUUUAUUGAAACCGAUUCUGAUAUACGUCUUGCACGUCGCCUACAGCGUGAUAUUACUGAACGUGGCCGUGAUUUAGAAGGUGUACUGAAACAAUAUAAUCAAUUUGUGAAACCAAUGUUUGAUUUUUAUAUACAACCAUCAAUGGUACAUGCUGAUAUAAUUGUACCACGUGGUGGUGAAAAUCGUGUUGCCAUCGAUCUGAUUGUACAACAUGUACAUACACAAUUACAAUCAAAAGGAUUAAAAUUACGAUCAAAAUUAUUAAGAAAUCAACAAAAUCAACCAUUACCAGAAACAUUGAAAGCAUUGCCACCAACACCACAGAUUAAAGGAAUGCAUACAAUUAUUAGAGAUAAAGAUACAACACGUGAUGAAUUUGUAUUCUAUUCUAAACGUUUAAUGCGUUUAUUGAUUGAAUUUGCAAUGUCAUUUUUUCCAUUCAAGACAAUCGAAGUGGAUACACCACAAGGUGUUAAAUAUUGUGGUAAAACAAUGAAUUGUGAUCAAAUUUGUGGUGUAUCCAUAUUGCGUGCCGGUGAAACAAUGGAACAGGCAUUAUGUGAUGUAUUGAAAUCUGUUCGUAUUGGAAAAAUUCUAAUACAAACAAAUCAAUUGACUCAAGAACCAGAAUUAUAUUAUCUACGAUUACCAGAUGAUAUACGUGAUUAUAAAGUAAUAUUGAUGGAUGCCACAGUGGCAAGCGGUGCAGCAUCAAUGAUGGCCAUUCGUGUUCUACUUGAUCAUGAUGUACUUGAAGAGAAUAUUAUGCUUUGUUCAUUAUUGAUGGCAUCAUCCGGUGUACAGACUAUUGCAUAUGCAUUUCCAAAAGUUUUAAUGGUAACCACUGAAGUUGAUCCAGAGGUUAAUGAUAAAUUCUAUAUCCGUCCUGGUAUCGGUAAUUAUGGUGAUCGUUAUUAUGGAACCGAAAGCUAUGAAUAAAUCAUACAUCGAUAUGAUCAAAUAAUAUUUGCAGCUACCAUAAUCAAUAUAUAUUAUUCUUUUGUAUGUUUAAAUUUCUUGGAUUUUAUACAAUUCUUGCAUUUUAUACAUUAAAUACAUGAAAAUCGAUUUUUAUCUUGCAGAA